GCAGGUGGAUGUGGAGGAUUUAUUUUCCUCCUCAGUCCCUUCCCUGCUCUUCCUCUUGUCAGCCACUCUUGUCUGAUUGAGGACAUGGGCCUGCUCAAUUUCCUCUCCUCACUCAAAGACCGAGCCGAAAAGUUCCUCAACGAGAAGAACAUCAUCACAGACCUCCUGGGGAAGCUGGAGGAGAAGACUGGCAUCAAAAAGAAGAUCCUCGCUGCCGGUGCUGUGUCAGUGACCGGACUCUACCUGGUCUACGGCUAUGGCGCCUCCCUAGUCUGCAACCUGAUUGGCUUCGUGUACCCAGCAUAUUUCUCAGUCAAAGCUAUAGAGAGUGCCAACAAAGAAGACGACACAAAAUGGCUGACCUACUGGGUGGUGUAUGGCGUUUUCAGCCUGGGCGAGUUUUUCUCAGACAUCUUCCUCUACUGGUUCCCUUUCUACUAUGCCUUCAAGUGUCUCUUCCUGUUGUGGUGCAUGGCGCCCAUCACCUGGAACGGAUCCCAGAUUAUCUACAAUCGCGUGGUACGGCCCGUCUUCCUGCGCCACGAAGCCACCGUGGACAACAUGGUCAGCGACCUGAGUGGCAAGGCCAUGAGCGCCGCAGAGAACCUCACCAGAGAAGUUCUGUCCACGCUGGUGAAGAAUAAAGCUCUGGUCAGUCAGGCGGCUGCUCCUGACACUAAAAGUUUGCCGAGUACGUCUGUAGAAAGUUCUACUGGAAGAAGAAUUCCAUCACAGUCCAGUGAAGAGAGACAGCCUUUCCUGGGCUAACCGACAAGCUUGUCAACUGGUCUGCUUGGAGGAGGAGGGGCUGUCUGACUUUGUGCAAACAAAGUUAUGCAAACUUUCAAAUGGCAUAUGUAAUAAUACCUGGAUGAACCACGUGAUAACAUUUUCAUAACACUUUUAAAAAGCAUUUGAAUGACUACAACAUAAUAUAAUCAUGAUAUGACUCUUUUGUUACUGCAAUAAUAUUCACUGUAUAACAGUGUAAUAAAAAUACUGCACUGUUUCAUACCUGAUUACUUUUUUAAUGUUUUGUUUUGAUUUUCUUGUUUGAGUAAAAGUGAAAAUGAUUAUGCUUGUUUUAAUUGUUGUGAUAAUAAUAAAGCCACUUGUCCUCAA